AAUGAACUGCGAUUGUCAGGAUUCUUUGGUUGUCGGGAUUAUAUUUUUCCCGGAGACUGAAUGACAACGUGUCAGGGGAGCACAGGUUGUCACUUUUCUACAAGCCUUUCAGUGUGAAGGAUUACUUGGCCCUCGUAGCUGAGAAAUCUUUUUAAGAGGUGAAAAUGAACACAGAGCUAUAUAUACAACCAAUUUUAUAAAAAUGUGUGGAAGGAAUUUGAAGAAAAUCCAGGAACACCAAGUUUACUGAAACACAUUGUGGUAGUCAAACCACGGAUAAGAGUGGAAAAGGAACACUUCUUUUCUGGUAAAAUCAUGAUGGAGGCAGAACUGCAGCAGCCAUGGAUGCCAGACUUUUACUUGGAAUUGCCCAAAGUGGAACUUCAUGCCCACUUGAAUGGAUCCAUUAGUUCUAAUACCAUGAAGAAAUUAAUAGCCAAGAAGCCAGAUCUUAACAUCAACAAUCAGAUGACUAUGAUUGACAAAGGAAAGAAAAGAACUUUAGAAGAAUGUUUCCGAAUGUUCCAGAUUAUUCAUCAACUUACUACUGGCCCUGAAGAUAUUCUAAUGGUCACAAAAGAUGUCAUUAAAGAAUUUGCUGAUGAUGGGGUCAAGUACCUGGAACUGAGGAGCACACCCAGAAAAGAAAACGCUACCGGAAUGACUAAAAAGACCUAUGUGGAAUCCAUUCUUGAGGGUAUAAAACAGUCCAGACAAGAAAAUCUAGACAUUGAUGUUAGGUAUCUGAUAGCAAUUGAUAGAAGAGGUGGCUCUUUGGUAGCCAAGGAGACUGUUAAACUUGCUAAAGAAUUCUACCUUUCAGCUGGGGAUACUGUUCUUGGCCUUGACUUCAGUGGAGAUCCUACUAUAGGACAAGCAAAAGACUUCUUGGAACCACUUUUAGAAGCUAAAAAAGCAGGCCUGAAGUUGGCAUUGCAUCUUUCAGAGAUUCCAAAUCAAAAAGAAGAAACCCAGAUGCUCCUAGAUCUCCUUCCUGACAGAAUUGGGCAUGGAACAUUUCUGAACUCCUCUGAAAGAGGAUCCCUGGAUCUGGUGAACUUUGUGAGGCAGCAUCAGAUACCACUGGAACUCUGUUUGACUUCAAACAUCAAAAGUCAGACGGUUGCAUCUUAUGACCAGCACCACUUCGGAUUCUGGUACAGCAUUUCUCAUCCAUCUGUGAUCUGUACUGAUGAUAAGGGUGUUUUUGCAACAUGCCUUUCUCAAGAGUACCAACUCGCAGCUGAAACAUUUAAAUUGACCCAGUCUCAGGUGUGGGAUCUGUCUUAUGAGUCCAUCAACUACAUCUUUGCUUCUGACAGCACCAGAUCUGAACUGAGGAAGAAGUGGAAUCAUCUAAAACCCAAACUGUUAAACUUUUAAGCUAUAGUAAGUACAGGUUCGACUCAUAGUGAUCC